CGUAAUCUGUGUAUCCCGCAGUCCGAUUCCCCCCGUGAAGACUACACUUCCCAAUAUGCACUGCUGAGAAUUAUGAUUUCCCCCCCCCCAACUGUGUUUGAGGAGCGGAGGAAGUUAAAGAGUAUGCUGGGAGUCGUAUUUCCCUUUCCCCACCUCAGCCGUGAAGGCGGGAAUUUUAGUGGUAGAGGGAGCUGAGUUAGUGUCUGGACUGGUGACAGAUCAAUGCACCCCCCCACCCCCCACAUACACACAUCUCCGGCCUUCAAGCUGAACCGCUCAGUUCUCGGCCUCCCAGCUAACUCCCGCUUGCCCUUCUCUUUGCGGUUAGUGGUUCCCCGCAGCCCGAGAUGUCUCGCGGGCAUGAGCGGGUGGUGGCGUUGGCGGACAUGGACUGUUUCUACAUACAGGUGGAGCAGCGCCUGAAUCCCAGUCUGCGUGGCAAGCCCUGCGCCGUGGUGCAGUACAAGACGUGGAAAGGCGGCGGGAUAAUUGCUGUGAGCUAUGAAGCUCGUGCUUUUGGAGUUACCAGAAACAUGUGGGCUGCUGAUGCAAAGAAGCUGUGUUCAGAUCUCCUGUUAGCUCGAGUACCGGAGGCCCAUGGCAAAGCAGAUCUCACCAAGUACCGAGAAGCCAGUGUGGAGGUGAUGGAAGUGAUGUCACGCUUUGCUGUGAUUGAACGUGCUAGCAUUGAUGAGGCCUACAUGGACUUGACUAGUGCUGUGCAAGAAAGACUUCAGAAGAUGAAAGGACAGCCUGUUGUAGCAGGGCAGUUGGCAACUACCUACAUCCAGGGAUUGCCAGAUCACCUUGCAGCAGAAGAAAAUACAGGCGACAAAGAAGAACUGCGGCAGCAGGGUUUGCACCAGUGGCUUGAGUCACUACCUUUUGGAGAUCCCAGCAAUCCAGAGCUGCAGCUGACGGUGGGAGCUGUCAUUAUGGAAGAAAUGAGGGCAGCUGUGGAAUCUGUUACUGGAUUUAGGUGUUCUGUUGGAAUUUCUCACAACAAGGUGUUAGCAAAACUGGCCUGUGGCCUCAACAAGCCUAAUCGUCAGACAUUGGUGUCACAGGGUUCUGUCCCUCAGCUCUUUAGCAAGAUGCCAAUCAGCAACAUCCGCAAUCUUGGAGGAAAGCUAGGUAGCUCUAUCACUGAACUUCUGGGAGUGGAGUAUGUCGGACAGCUGAUCCAGUUUAGUGAAUCACAGCUUCAGACACACUUUGGAGAGAAGACUGGCUCCUGGUUGUAUGACUUGUGCAGAGGGACUGAGCAUGAGCCAGUGAAACCUAGACAAUUGCCCAAAUCCAUUGGCUGCAGUAAGAAUUUUCAUGGAAAAACAGCUUUAGUUACUCAGAAGCAGGUGCAACAUUGGCUUCUGCAGUUGGCCUUGGAGUUGGAGGAGAGACUGAACAAGGACAGAGAUCAAAACAAUCGGGUUGCUAAACAGCUGACUAUUGGGAUCCAUAUGCAGGGUUUUAAACAUGCCAGUGGCCUAUCCCGCUGCUGUGCCUUAUCCCAUUACGAUGCCCAUAAGAUCAGCAGAGAUGCUUUUGUACUAAUCCAGAACUGCAAUACCGCAGGAGGCCAGCAGGCAGCAUGGUCUCCUCCAAUUACACUACUUCAACUUUCUGCGAGCAAGUUUUUAGAAACUCAUACAGCAUCCUCUGUGGAUAUUACUGCCUUCCUAACUAGUGACAGCCAGUGUACCUAUCCCACUUGCACCAGUGUAUCCAGCCCAAAUUGCAAGUUCCUUGAAAACCCAAAAAAGAAGACAAUCAAGAAGACAGUGAAUCCUAUUCAGAUGCUCUUUCAAAGGGCAGUGGAAAAGAAACAGGCCCAGGCUAUGGCUGGGUGCUCUCUUCCUGGUGUCACCAAUGAAAGGACCUUACCAUCAACUCUAGAGUCCGGUGUUUGUCAUGGUAAAGGAUUCAUUCCCAUCAACAGCCAGAUUCUAAAAGAUCCUGUGGAACAAAGUACCAAUAGCAGCAACUCCACACAGAAACAGCUUUCUGUAGUACAAUCUGUGCCUAGCUCUAAAGCAAGGGUGCUGGAGAGCCCUUUGACUAGUCAGUGUUACAUGGCACCUUUAGAAGCAGAAGUGCUUGAGGUUUCUUCAGAGCUUCCUGAUCCGUGGAAAGAAAAGGGAGUGCCACCUGCUUUUGGAAUUUCCCUGGAAGGAGUUGAUAGUUUGGCUCCGCACUCUUUUAAAGGUGACAGGAUGUUGUGUGAGAAAUGUAACCAACAGGUGCUGGUAUGGGAGUUCACAGAACACUUAGACUACCACUUUGCUGUGGAGCUGCAGAACUCUUUCUCAGAAUCCAAUUCUUUCAAAUCGUCUUCAUCUGUUGGCAGCCCUCCAACUAAGGGCAAAAGCAAACAGAAGCCAUACACAGCCUCUAGUGCCAAAAGACUAAGGACUUUGGAUUCCUUUUUUAAGCAACCUCCUCCUUAGAUUUUAGCACAUCUUAGCAGCUGACAUCUUAUCUUGGAGAAAGGAGGUGCAAUUUUAUUUGCCUAUAUUUAUCUUGUAUCCAAAACAUAUCUAAUAAAUUGUUCCCAACAGGUGCAUAGAAAGCUCAAGGACUCUUAAGAGUUGUUGAGGGGGAAACUGCACUUGAUUUUCAAGGUCAUUAUGCCUUUUGUAGCUCCAUACUUUUAACUGUAGGUUAAGAUGACAACAGCUGUAGUGUCAAGAUCCCACUCAAAUGAUUUUUAUGCAGUAAGUAACUCAAUCUAGACUGCUUUGCUACUGAGAAAGGACGGAGGUCUUGCACUCUCAUUCUACUAUCCAGCUUCCACAGGAGUCUACAUUGUCUGGUAAAUAAGUGUAGUGUCCAUGUGGUGUUUUUGUGAACUUGAUUGCACAAGUGAAUAUCAUAGGGAAAUAUCAGCAAUGGGAAGUACUGUGUUCAUGUACCCUUUGAACUUUAACAUCCUAGUGCUGUGGGUUUGUGAAGCAAGUCUCAGCAUUCCAAUUUAAGAUGCACCCUCCCUUUCUUCUUGAGUGUGAAAAACAAGAAUGUGGUCUUCUAUUUAUUGUUUGGUUUCUUGCUAGCAUGGAUAGAGUCAAUCUAUCCAUCUGAGAUUGGCCAAAAGUGUAAUUCGUUUUUGAAUCCUGUAAGAGCCCUUUUUGAAUCAAGCAGCCUUACUAAACACAUGAAGCUGCCUUAUACUGAGUCAGAGCCUUAGCCCAUCUAGGCCAUCAUCAGGACCUGCUCCAGACUGCCCUGUUUUCCCUCUUCUCUCCCCGCCCUGCCCAGGCCAAGAUACAUCAUCUGCCCGGCGAGAAAGAAGAGAGGGAGGCAAAGACAAUGCUAGGACUUGCUCCUGUCAGAAUGUCACCUCCAGAGUAAUCUUUACAUUUUACAUAAUUUUAAAUUUUAAAAUGGUAAACAGCUUUGGUGCCUUAGCAGAAAGGCGAUAUAUAAAUGCAAAAAAUAUUGCCCAAGACCAUGGGGAGCUGCUGCCUGAAGUCUUUCCUAAGACUGCCCCAUGCAACUAAAUCUCAAGGAGUGAACUUGGCCCAGUGUGGUGUAGUGGUUGGACGGUUGGACUAGGAUCUGGGGAACCAGGGUUCAAAUCCCCACUCAGCCAUGAAGCUUGCUGGGUGACCUUGGGCCAGUCACCAUCUCUCAGCCAAACCUACCUCACAGGAUUGUGGGGAUAAAAUGGAGUGGGAGGAGAACCGUGAAUGCCACCUUGAGUUCCGAGGAAGAAAGGCAGGAUAUGCAUGUAAAUAAAUAAAAUUCAGGAUGUCAAUCAUGUAUUCUACCAUUGAGCUACAGGUUAUGGCUACUUGCUUCUACUGUGGUCAAGUUUGUCCUUUUAUAGGAACUGUGAGGAAUGGAAUCAUUAAAGCUAAGUAGACCCUGGAACAUGCAAUGUGCAUAUCUCUUAAAAUGCAGAAACCUGUGUAUGUAUAUGAAAUAUUUCUAUGGGAGGAGAGUUCAGGCAAAUCUAUUAACAUCUGUGAUUUAAUUUGAUAUCUCGAGUAAAUGUUUAAUUAUGGGCAUAAGUUUUAUCUCCACAAAAAGGUACUAGUAUCUCUCUACAGAAAAUACAAGUUGUCCAGUGUGACUUAGGAUAUUUCACACCUUUAAUCUUCCUACAUGGAUAGUAACAAACAUAUAACAUUGCAGAAUAAAUAUCCAUGAGGAAACAAAGUAUGGUGUGGUUAGAGCAUUGGACUAGAACCUGGGAGGCCAGGGUUCAAAUCCCUACCAUCAUGAACUCACUGGGUGACCUUGGGCCAUUCAGUCUCUUAACCCAAGUUUCCCUCAUAGUGUUCUUGUGAGGAUAAAAUGGGGAGGACCAUGUAUGCCCCCUUGAGUUCCCUGGAGGAAAGUUGGGAUGUAAAUGUAGUAAAUAAAAGUAGUGACUAAUCGCUUUUGUGUGUGAGCUUUAUUAUCUUAUAGUUCAGCAUUAUCCAUAAAAAACCCUGUAGUGUAUGAAGUCUUCAACUAUACUUCUAGGACCAUGGAACUGGGGUUACUGCUACUGCAAAGCUAUCUUGGUUGAUCAUAGCGUCCUGUAUUACUUAAUGCUACAUUAAGUCAUUAACAACUGUUGUUCCAGAUAUAGGACUCUAUAGUUGUAGUUAUAGGACAAAAGAGUGUGUGUUGUGUUAGUUACAGGUAACAGACACUGGGUGUAUAUGUAGAAUUACUUCAUUUUAAAACCUGUUUGCUUUUUUUCCCCUUUCAGUAGAAGUUACUGGAAAGGAAUGUAUCUCAAAGGCCAAAACGAUACUAGGUAGCAAAACAGGUUAAGAUGAGAUUUUUAGAUGCAUGUGUAAAUAAAAAUUCUAGUAAGUUUGAGGCCUCUGCAAAAAAAUUGCAGCCUGUUUUGCUGGUAUUGUUCCAUCCUGUUGUGAUAAUAAUGCAGCAGGAGGACUUGAUUUUAGGCAGGGUUACUCACCAACACUAAUAGGCUGAGUAAGAGUUUCUUCAUCCCACAGUUGGUAGAGUCAAUGUUAAUAGAUUAAGGGCAUGAGUCAUAAUUAGCAAAACAAUGUGACACCUCAGUAUUUCAGAUGCAACAGGCAGCAUUGACAAGGCGUUCUUGUACUAUCAUUACCUAGAGGACUAUUUUGGUUAGUUACUUUUUGAAGACUUCUCUACUACCAUGCUACUA